GCAGAAAAUGGGCGGGUGCAACAGCCAAACAGCUGGUGGCCGCACUGUGUCGCUCGCUCAGUGUGGUUGAUGGGGAAACCAUAGGGAAACAACAAGCAGGCAGGAAUCAUGGAUUGGGUCUCAAUAAACCUGAUCUGGGCCGCUAUUUUCAUCCAAAAGGUCGUAGGCGAGUAUGGCAUGGCUCACUUCAACGACAAAGACGAUAGCAAAGGAAAAGAUUACUGCAUUUUCUUCAACUCCCAGUGGGCACGUCUACCCCAGGACCUCAACAAAGCAUCCCGUCUCCAGAUUCAUGACCUCACAGCGUCGGUGCUGUGCUCAGCCUCUGAGGUCCCCGAUGGGGGCUUCCCUAACCGCAUACCCAUGGUGAUGAGGGGCAACUGCACCUUCUACGAGAAGGUGCGACUGGCCCAGAUCAACGGUGCCAAGGGCAUACUCAUUGUCAGCAAGGACCGUCUGACGCCACCAGCUGGAAACAAGACCCAGUAUGAGGAGAUCGAUAUCCCCGUAGCACUGCUCAGCUACACUGACAUGCUGGAUAUUAGCAAGAACUUUGGGGAUGAAAGAGAGGUGGCCAUGUAUGCUCCCAAGGAGCCUGUGUUGGACUACAACAUGGUCAUCAUCUUCAUCAUGGCCGUGGGCACGGUAGCCAUGGGCGGCUACCUGGCUGGUAGCCGAGACACCAAAAAGCGCUACAUGAAGCACAAGCGGGACGACAGCAACGAGAAGCAGGACGAGGAGACGGUGGACGUCACGCCCAUCAUGAUCUCCGUGUUCGUCGUCAUGUGCUGCACCAUGCUGCUGCUCCUCUACUACUUCUACGACUACCUGGCCAUUUGGGUGAUAGCCAUCUUCUGCAUAGCGUCUUCCGUGGGCUUGUACAGCUGCCUGUGGCCUUUUGUCAGAAGAAUGCCUUGCUGCAAUUGCAGGGUCCCGGAAAACAACCUGCCCUACCUGCACAAGCGGCCGCAGAUCCGCAGUCUGCUGCUGUCCGCCUUCUGCAUCGGUGUCAGUGUCACCUGGGCCGUGUUCCGCAAUGAGGACCAGUGGGCCUGGGUGCUACAAGACACCCUGGGUAUCGCUUUCUGCCUCUACAUGCUCAAAACAAUCCGACUGCCCACGUUUAAGGCCUGCACUUUACUCUUGGUGGUGCUUUUUGUCUACGAUAUCUUCUUUGUAUUUAUUACUCCGUUCCUCACGAAGAGCCGGGAGAGCAUCAUGGUGGAGGUGGCGGCCGGCCCCUCUGACUCCUUCUCUCAUGAAAAGCUCCCUAUGGUGCUGAAGGUGCCCAGGCUGAACUCCUCCCCCCUGGCCCUGUGCGACCGGCCCUUCUCCCUGCUGGGCUUUGGGGACGUCCUGGUACCAGGGCUCCUGGUGGCGUACUGUCACAGGUUUGACAUCCUCACCCACUCCUCCAGGAUCUACUUUGUGGCCUGCACUAUUGCCUACGGCGUCGGCCUGCUGAUCACCUUUGUGGCGCUGGCCGUGAUGAAGAUGGGCCAGCCAGCCUUGCUCUACCUGGUGCCCUGCACUUUACUCACCAGCCUGGCGGUGGCGCUGUGGCGCAAGGAGCUGCCCCAGUUCUGGUCUGGGAGUGGAUUUGUGCCUGCCAUAGCGCGCACGCCGAUUAACUGUACUCAAACCUCGGCCCCGCCCACAGAGGAGUCCUUGACCAAUCCUGAGCCGCACAGCCCAGAGCCCACCAAUCAGAGUGAGGACACUCAGGAAACAUCCUCCACCAACAAGAGAGCGGAGCACAGAUUGGAAUAAAAUCAAAAAAGGAAAACUUCUAGAGACUUGGAGUGCGGCAUUAUAUAUACAUAUUUAUAUGUGUAUAUUAAUUGUUAUAUUGGUUGUUUGUUAUUUUAUUUCUCUGACUGUGCAUUAGGACACUUGAAUUGAAUUGCAAUGGACGAUUUUAGUGUUGACAUCUGUGUAAAUAAUAACUAUCAAAAGAAACUAUUGAGGUAGCUGGUGGGGUACGGGGCAACACCUGGUGUGAAACUGAUCUUGGACCAGACCCUCACACUAAGGCCCUCCCUCCUCGCUGCUGUACUGUGCUGCCUUUCACUAACAAAGGGAACCAAGCACUCAAACUCUAGGCAAUAACCUAGUCGGUCUACACUACGGUGCAUCAUUUCCCCC